ACGAAAAAACUGAUCCUAGUAGAGUACAGUAGAAACUGAUGGUAAAUAUUUAAGUUUAUUUUUGCUGCAACUGAUUCAAUCUGUUUGUUAGAAUUAAAUAGGACAAUAAUCUAGUCUGUGCUGGUGACAAGACACUGGUGAUACUAGUGAGGUGCAGUAGUGGCGUCAGAAUAAUGAGGAAGUGCAUCGCGUGCAAGCGUCUGCAUAAAGUCUGAGUGCGACAUGUUACAGUAUGUGAAUGAAUUAGACACAUCACUGUCCUGCUGCUCCUCACCUCUGGUUUGCUCCACAAUCUCCCACCUGGUUAAUUGGUUCUGGUCUGUAUGAGACACACACACUAACUGUUCUCCAGGUUGCUAAUGUUCUACAAAUGUGUUUAGUCAUGUAUAAACUUCCUCUUUCAUGUCUGAUGUGAUAAUUGUAGAAAUGUGAUCAUUAUAUUCAUUCUGAUCUCUUUAUUGUAUGAAGCUUCAUUUAGGAGGCAUCACUUCUUUGAAGGACUGAUAAUGUGUCAAAGUGUGUGCUUUCAGAAUGACAUGUGUGUUUAUGAAGCUCAGUUAUCUGACUCUGGCUCCUUCUUCACACACGUCUUCACUGCGAGUCACUGACUCAAACACAAAAAAUGUUGUCAUCAGACAAUAUAUUUUAACUAUAUCUUACAUGACAUGUUUCUGUUAGCAACACUUUUGCAAUGGAAACCACUCGUUUUAUGUGUAAAGAGAAAGUGAAGAGUUGAUGUAUUUAACUUAAUUCAAUUUAUGAUUCAAUGCAGUUUUAUUUAUAUAGCGCCAAAUCACAAAAAAGUUAUCUCAAGGCACUUUACAAAGUAAGGUUUAGGACCUUAUACAACUAAACCCAACAGAUCCCACAUACAGCUAGCCUUUCUUAAAAACACAACUAAAUAUGUGUUUACUGAUGCAAUACAUAGGUAUGAACAUUUGCUAAAAAGACAAACUAACACAUUCGUGCAGCAGGAAGCGUAAACUUGUGGUCAGAGCUGUUUGAGUGAAUAGGAAGGAAGAACAGAGCAGCUCUGAAUCAGGUGAUGAUCUGUAGCUUGUGUCUUAGUGUUUGCUGUCAUUCCUCUACAGCGACAGUGUGUGUGGAUGUGAAGAUGGAGCUGACUUUGCUCUGUGUACUGUCAUUAUUCUUGCUAAAUACGAAAAUCUACGGAAAUGAUGGUGUUUCCUAUAAAGUCUCUGUGACCAAACAACCCAGCUGGACUCAGACGUUCAGUGGUGAGAGCAUCACUCUCACAUGUGAGGUCCAUGGAGGUGGAGACGCUCAGUGGGAGUAUGAAUGGAGAACAAGCAGCUCAAACCAACCUGCUGAUAAAACUGGUAAAGUGUUGAUGAUCAGAGCUGAUGUGUCUCACAGUGGAGACUACUACUGCAUGGGCAGAAGAAACCAUGAGUCAACACAGUGGAGUAAUGUCAUCACACUGAGAGUAACAUCACAAAACCCCAAAGCCAGACUGACAGCAGGUCCAUCAACCAUAUCAGCAGGAGGCAGCAUGACACUGAGCUGCUCUGUGGACGGUUCUGAUGGAUGGAAAUAUAUCUGGUACAGAUGGACGUCAAACACUAAUGUGACACCAGCAGCUGAUGGAGACAACAGAGAAAUCAGAGUCACACAAGGAGGAAAAUACACAUGCGUAGGAAGAAGAGGAGAACCAGCUUUCUACACUCAAUACAGUGAAUAUGUCACCAUUGAGAUAACUUUUUCCAACAAGGCUGCUGUAAAAAGGCAGCAUGACUGGCCUGAGAUAUUCAAAGGAGAGGAGAUCACUCUGACAUGUGAGAUCCAGGCUGGAGGAGACACUGAGUGGGAAUAUGAAUGGACCCGAGGCAACGUAAGAAGAACUGCAGAUGGGAGUAAACUCUGGGUUUUCACUGCUUCUGAUUCUAGUAGUGGAGACUACAAGUGUAGGGGUCGACAGAAAACCAACAGUUAUUCCUUCACAGCAUGGAGUGAUCCUCUACAUUUGACAGUAACAGCGUCUGAACCAAAGGCUGAACUGAGAAGUGAUAAGACAGACAUCCCAGUAGGGGGCAGUGUGACGCUGAGCUGCUCUGUGACGUCAUCAUUUGGUUGGAAAUAUUACUGGUACAGAGGAGAUAAAUCCUCUGAGGUCCUGAUCACACAACAUGGUGAAACCAGUGUCUCUCAGGAAGGACUGUACUGGUGCAGAGGAGGAAGAGGAAAACCAGUUUACUACACACAGUACAGUGACUCAAUGAGGAUCAACAAAAAUGAUAAAGCCCAGUGUGGCCUCACAGCGUCUCCAUCUUGGCUGAGUCCUGGGGCCUCAGUAGCUCUGAGCUGUGAGGUUGAGCCUCCAUCUGCAGGAUGGAGGUUCUACUGGUACCAGACUGUUCCUGAUGGCUCACACAGCUCCUACAGAUAUGAGCUGCUACCUGGUAGUGAGCAUGGGACUGAACAGGGCUCCUACAUGCUUGAUGGACACACACACACAGCAGGAUAUGUGUGUAGAGCUGCAAGAGGAGAACCAGUGUAUUACACUGACUACAGCAAAGCAGCAUUCGUCUGGUCUGGAGAUGUUGAUCCGUCAGCGUCUCUCACAGUGAGUCCUGACACAGUUCAACACUUCACCCGUGACUCUGUGUCACUGAGCUGUGAGGGAAACUCUACUGAGUGGAGAGUCAGGAGGUUUCCUGAAGGAGGCUUCCUGUCAUCCUGCUCCAACUGGACAACAUCUGGAUCCAGAUGUGACAUCGACACAUCACAGUCUGGUUCUGCAGUGUUCUGGUGUGAGUCUGGAUCAGGACACUUCAGUAACUCAGUCAACAUCACUAUUCAUGAUGCAGGUUUGAUCCUGAUGAGUCCUGUCCGUCCUGUGACUGAGGGACUCUCUGUGAGUCUGAGCUGUAAGUUGAAGACAGGACAAAAAGCUUCCAGUGUGUUUUUCUAUCACAAUGAGCAACUGAUCCAAAACGACAGCAGAGUAGAGCUGAACAUCUCUGCAGUGUCAAAGUCACAUGAAGGUUUCUACAAGUGUUGGUACCAAGGAACAGAGUCUCCACAGAGCUGGAUGGCAGUGAACGCUUCGAAGUCAAGCAAUGGACAUAUUCCUGUGAUGUUGGUUGUUGGACUGGUUUGUGGAGUCAUUCUGCUUCUUCUUCUUCUGCUCCUUUCAUGUCGUUUCAGACGGUCCAAGGGUUCAUGUUACAUCAGGCCAACUCAGUCAGGAACCGUAUGGACCUCCAACACCACCCCCAGUGUCAGCCAGAAUCAAAACCAACCUGAGACUCGUAUCUAUGAAUCUGUGAAUGACUCUGAAAACACUGGAAAAGAUGUUUCAGAUGUCACAUAUUCUGUCAUUGAACUGAAAUCCUUUGAACAGAACAGAGGGCAGCAUAAACCGGCAGAGAGCCCAGUCUACUCUGACCUGAAGAAACGACCUGCAGGUAGAGCCGAGCUUCAAGCUGCAGUAAAAUAUUACAUCAGCACCAGGUCUUAUAUUAGACGAUGCUCUGCUCUACGUCCAGGUCAAACACAAAGACAAGAGAAAGAGGGUCAAAGGAAAACCUUCUGCUGCAGCCACCGAUGAGCCUCUUUAUUCUCAGGUCAAACCUGGAACAUCUUUUAGCACCGAUGCAGCCAUGUAGCUUAGUGCAACCACUUAUUCUGCAGAUGUGAUUCAUCAGUAGAACUCAUGUAAAGUAAAGUAGUUAAAUAACAAAUUUUUAGAUCUGUGAUGAGUCAAUGUUGUUUUUCUUUAAUUCUGUAAAUAAAAACAAAUGUUUUACAGUGUAAUUUUUAAACAAAAACAUAAAAACAACCAUUUGCCAUACAAAAUAUGAACUGUACAUAUAUUUUUUUAAUUCAUUAACUGCAGGAUGUUUCAAAAACUACAGUAUGAGCUAAUUAAUGCACAAACAGAAGUGAUGCUGCAGCUUUAAUGUAACAUCAUGAAUGAAUCAUUGAUUUAGUUUAAUUUUUACUGUGAGCAUCAGGUUUACUGUUUACUCUUUUUAAUGUUCUUUGUUCUUCUUAUGUUAAUUAAACUUCAAUAUUAAUCUUU